GUGCACAGAAAGCCACGUUAGCAUGCUAACAAACUAGCUUACCAUGGCAGGCAUGAGAUGUCACGAUCAGUGCGGACGACGUCAAAAGCCAUUCGAUAACGAUUAGUCUGAUUCUUCUGGCUCUUAAACGUUUGUUUUCCGUCAGAAAGUAGUAGAAGUGGCAAAAAAGUACUCUGUAGCAGCUGCUUCAGUCCGCGACUCACGUUCAAACGUGAUGACGUAUGACGUGGGUUUACGGACAACGCGGAAGUGGAUCGACUCGCUGCUCACAGUUGUUUAACUCUUACUAAAAAAAACUUUUGACCCAACUCUACUUAUUUUGUACGUAAAUCAAUGGCAGACGUGUGUAACAACAAUAGUCUUUACUUACAUGCAAAUUUUAUUCAAGAGUUUUAUUAUAUCAGUUCAAUUAACACGUCAGUUGGUUCAAUGUAACCUCAACACUGCCACCUGUUGGCCAUUCGGUGGGAAUGACAAGUAUCUGCUUACACAACCAUCUAUUAAUAACUGGGUCUGAAUUUGUAUUUGGAACGUCGACGACUGUGUUCACCUCCCAAGUGUAAGAUCGAGCAUGAAAAAAGGGCAACGGCUGUUUUAAUGAUGAAACUUUUGAGUUGAAACCUGCUACUGCUUUCAGCUCCUCCACUGAAGGUGAAGGUGCCAUGACAAACAACACGUUCCCCUUCACCACCACCACACUGCGCUCCCUGAGGCUGGAGCAGGAGUUCCAAGACUGGGAGGAUGCACGGCAGGCUUUGGCCCACAGGAGAGCUAUGAGCAGGGCCCCUCUACCAAGAGCCCCCAGGCUGCAGCGGCAGCGUCUCCAGGAGGUGAGAGCCCCUCCUCCUCAGGCCAGAUGCCGAGACCCGGCCAUCCACAACACGUUCAUGUGUGGAGACAUGAAGGGUGUGUACGCCGUUCUCAAAGACCCCGCCAUGGUCAAUGCCCUGAUGGAGACGGUACAUGAGGAGAUGGUGUGGGCCCCAGAGAUGGGCAUGUGGACCAUGAGCUCCACGGUGAAACAGACGUCCGCCUUGCGACUGGCCGCCGGCCGAGGACACGCUGCGUGCGUGGAGGAGCUCCUGUUCCGUGGGGCUGAGGUGAAUGACGACCCCGGGGGCAGCACUGCGCUCCAUGACGCUUGCGCAGGGGCCCACGGCGUCUGCGUACAAGUGCUGCUCUCUCAUGGAGCAGAUCCUCAGGUGUUGGCUGAAGACGGCAGCGCUCCUCUUCACCUGUGCACCUCGCCUUUGUCGUUCCAGUGUGCAGAGCUGCUUUUAGACGGCGGUGCAGAGGUCAACGUGAGGGCCAGGGAGUCCAGGCUGACUCCGCUGCACGUGGCUGCCCUGCGGGGCCUGGACGAGCAUGUGGAGCUCUUGCUCGCCCGCGGAGCGGACGUCUUGGCCACAAACCGGGAGGGAGAAACCCCCCUGAACGCGGCGUGCUCCAGGGCCGAGAGGCCGUCCGAGGCGGGUCGCUACCGCCGUGUGGUACAGAGUCUGCUGGACGCGGGGGCUGACCCGCAAACAGCGGGCAAGAAGCUGCACACGCCGCUGCACAACGCCUGCGCCAACUGCUGCCCCAGGAUAGUGGAGCUCCUCCUGCAGCAUGGAGCCAAGGCUGAUGUUAGCAACUGUGCAGGAUACACACCCAUGGACUGUGUCCUACAGGUGGUGGAAGACUACGUAGACCAACAUCCUGAAGCUGUAGUACGCAUCCUCCUCAACCACGGAGCCAAACCCGUUCCAACAAAGAUGCUGAGGUUGUGCGUUCUCUCUGCUGCCACGUUGGAGGUGAUACUCAACUCGUACCCGUCCGUCCCCCCGUGCGACUGGAUGGACAACUGCGUGUCCCAGGAGAUAUACCAGGUGACUCCCUCCUCUGUCCUCAUGGCUACUUCUCUGUCAAGCCUCCGUGGUCUUUUGACCCCUCCCCUCGGUACUUUCUCUCAGGGACAUCCAGGCUUCUUCGACUUGAUGCGUCAACGCAGCGGUCAGCCUCGCUCUCUGCAGCAUCUCUGUCGCUGCGCUUUGCGAAGACAUUUCGGGGCACUGUGCCACUCAAAAGUGAGUGGCUUGGACAUUCCCUGCUGCCUGAAGGAUUACCUGCUGCUGCGGAAUGACGGGACACUCCACUGAACUCUUUAUUUGUCUGCAAUUGUGUUUUUUUUUUACUUGUUUUGGCUUUCCCAGCGAGUCAUGCUGUGACUCUCACUGCCUUUUGUUUCUGAUACAGUGCAAAUAAAAACUUCCCACUAGAUAA